UUUCCGCACUGCGUGUUUUCCACCGCCCGACAACCAAUCACAGUGAAGUGCGGGCUUUUCGAGUGUUUUGGCGCGCAGACUCGAUCAAGAAGCCUAAAGCUAACGUAUACCGCAGCUAAAGACGCGGCAGUAGAUCAGCGAUGAUAGGAAGGAAGUACACAGAUCUACGCCACGGGAGAACUAGCGCGGAAACCUUCCGGCCCGUGGUAGAGCGGUGGAGGGGAGGAAACUAUAUACCAAUUGUAGUUGAAGGUAACAUUGCAAGCGGAAAAUCUACUCUUCUCAGCGAAUUGAAACUUAUCGAUUCUGUUGAGAUCAUGGAGGAACCUGUGAAGCUGUGGAGAAACCUAGCCGGGGGAAAUCUCAUGGGACUUAUGUAUGAAGAUUCCAAGAGGUGGGGCUAUCUCUUUCAGUCAUAUGUGCUACUCACUAUGAUGGACCUCCACCACAAGCAAGUGGAGGCUCCAGUGGCGGUGUUAGAGAGAAGUGUCUAUAGUGCACGCUACUGUUUCGUCAAACACCCUGCACGAGAGUGA